AUGUCUUUCCAAUUUUCUGGAAAAACUGGUGACGGUGGUCAACAAGAUGAUUCCAAAAAGCCGUUUUCCUUUACCUCAAACAAUUCAAACAACAACGCGGGGCUUAAUAGUGGAUUUGGGGGUCAAUCAAGUUCAGAGCCUAAUAAAGGGAGUUUCUCAGGAUUUGGGUCUACAGGACCUUCUUCAGGCGGAUCGUUAUUUGGGAAUCAGAAUUCUGAUGCAAACAAGCAAGAAAAUAAACCGUUGUUUGGUGGAACAACCUCACAAUCAGGAGGUCUUUUUAAUAGUCUGACUUCAGGUUCAUUAUUUGGUGGUUCAUCUGCUGCGACAGGUAAUUCUGAGUCUAACAGAGAUAGCAAGCCUUCCCUCUUUGGUGGAAAUAACUCGAAUAAUAGUCAGCAAAGUAACUCUACUUUUUCCUUUGGAAAACCUGCUGGUGGUGCUUCUGGCACCACUGACCAGAAUAAACCACUUUUCGGGGGUUUUGGCGGUAGCUCAAGUAAUACUGGUUUCUCGACAUCAGGUGGUGCAUCGUCGGAGAAAAAAGAGUCCACUCCCGCAUUCAGCUUCAGUGCUUCCAAUGAUAAGAAGGAAGAAAAGAAGCCUGGCUUCUCUUUUGGCGCAGCCAAUACUAAGGACCAAGGUUCCGCUUCUACUUUCGGCGCGAAUACUGACAAAAAGGAUAACAAGCCCAGUUUCUCAUUUGGUAGCUCUUCCGUAAAUAGCAGUGACGCAAAGCCAGCCUUUUCACUUAGUUCAACUAGCGACAAGCAAAAUAAGGCCCCCAAAGUAUCCUUUGGUGGUGUAAGUGAAAAGAAGGAAGAAAAACCAGCAUUUUCGUUUGGUUCUUCUGAAAAGAAGGAUGAAACGCCAGCGCUUUCCUUUGGUUCUUCAACCGAGAAAAAGGACGAAAAACCGGCGUUUUCGUUUGGUGGACCAAGUGACAAGAAAGAUGAUAAACCUUCACUUUUCGGCAAACAAGAUGACAAAAAAGAGAGCAAAGCUCCAACCUUCAGUUUUGGAGGAACCGCAGACAAGAAAGAAGAAAGUAAGCCAGCAUUUGCAUUGAAUGGAGGAGGUGAUAGCAAUCAAUUCUCAUUUGGAAAACCAAGUGAAAACACGGCCAGCAAAUCAUCUCCUUUGUUUGGGGGACUAAAUAAAACUCCUUCGGCUCCCGAGAAAAAAGAGUCUACACAAUCAACUGGUGGACUAUUUGGAAAUAAUUCUGAAGAAAAGAAGAAAGAUUCUAAUCAAGGACCUACAGGUGGAUUAUUUGGAAAUAAGACGCAGGACAAACCAAGUAUGAAUAAUGGGGGCUUGUUUGGAAAGGCCUCCGACAGUCCUUCUAAUAAUAAUACCUCUAGUUCUUUAUUUGGCGGAAAAUCAGAUGACAAGAAGGAUACAGGCAGUUCGUUCUCAUUUGGGGGAAGCUCGACUGUUGGAUCAAUAGAUACUAAGAGCAGUGAACCAAAGUCGGGGGGCUUCAGCCUUGGUACCAAAGCCCCAGAGGAGACAAAGGACUCUAAAUCUGGCACAGCUGGCGGAUUCUCGUUCGGUUCCAAUAAAGAUUCGUCAUCAUCUGGGUUUACAUUUGGAGGAUCUAAGGAUGAUGGAAAGAAAGAGGAAUCAUCCACAGGAAAAUCGACUUUUGGCUUUGGCAACGCUUCUAAUACAAACACGAUUUCAAGCACGGCUACGAAUGUUAAAAAUGGGGAUGAAAACAGUUCGAGUGCUACUACAACAACCACUAAGCAAGAGCCGUUAUUGAAACCAACGAAAAUUGAGCCGAAAGUCAUAUCUAUUGACAAUCAGACGAUGGAUGACUUGAUCAUGAAGUGGUCAAAGCAAUUAACAACAACUUCCAAUAUAUUUGAUUCCUACACAUCUAAAGUAAGGCAAUGGGAUCAGCAGCUUGUUUCUAGCGGUGAAGAGAUUGCUAGCUUGAAUCAAGACACAUUGGAAGCAGAAGCAUUACAAGUUAAGAUCGACCAGCAUUUACUUUUUGUGGAAAAUCAACAAGAAGAAUUGGACAAAGUUCUUGACAAUUAUGAACAGCAAGCAGAUAUUCUCCUCAGUAAUAUUGAGUUGAACACACAAAGCGAGUCUAGUGCUUUGCAAAGCUUUUCUCAAUCUGGUAAUGCUAACGGUGGAUUAAGCGUUACAGACAAAUUACGUGAGAAAGCAUACCACAACGCAGAACUCUUAGACGAACGUCUUGAUAAUAUGGGUGAUAACUUGUCCACACUUAUAAAUGAAAUAAAUUCAGUUAGCGAUCUGUUCAAUAAGAAACUUAUACAUGAAUUAGCACCAUCGAAGGAUUCUUCUUCCGAAAACUCAAUCGAAGAAAUUGUCAAAGUCUUGAAUCUUCAUUUGGAAAAUUUGAGAUAUAUUGAAAAAUCAGAAGAUCAAUUAAAAGCCAAGCUUUCCAAACUCAACAGAACUUAA